UAUUGUGAAACGUCGUGUCGGAAGUCACGUGUUCUGUAGUCCUGUAGCUCCGUGGUGUUGUAACGUGGAGUAAGGUCACACUGAUGAUGCUAACAGGAGCUAGCAGGAGCUAACAGGAGCUAACAGGAGCUAACCCUGGUCUUUACAGGCACUUUCUGGUUCCGGUGAUUUUCAACGAUGAUCAACGAUCAGAUGAACCGUAAAAAAACCGUUGAACCGUGAAUCGUCGGCUCUUCCGGUCAAACAGUGUUUAAAAUCAUCACAUUCUGACAGAACUGAUCAAACAACGAUUUCCUGACGUCCUCAACUUCACUUCCUGCUGCUUCACUGAUGUUAAAGUAUUCAAACUGUUUUUUUUUUCAUCAACACCUGAACGCCUCUGAUCAAGUUCUCAGCCAAUCAGAGCUCCUCCAGCUCUGAGGGUCGUGCUGUGUUCAGGGUCUCUCAUCUCUCACCUGACUCCAGGUGGCGCUCAGUGGUCGCCGACAGCCUCGUCCCUUCAGUCAGACUUGAACUAGUGGUCAUCAGAGGAACUGCAGCUGCUGGUGUUCCUCUCAACUCAACGAUGGCACGUCACAGUAAACUGCAGAAGCAGGUCCUGGCUCUGUACCGUCACUUCCUCAGGGCCGGGCGGGACAAACCGGGCUUCGUCCCACGUAUCCGAGACGAGUUCAGGGAGAACGCCUGCAUCAAGAAGACGGAUGUGAUGCACAUCGAGUAUCUGUACCGACGAGGACAAAGGCAGCUGGAGCAGCUGAAGGAUGUCAACACCAAACAGCUGGGCUCCUUCUCCAAACCCCACGACCAAAGCUGACCUCUGACCUCCAACCUGCGACCACGUCAUGUGACCUCAGACACCAACAGAUACCUCACUAACACGCUGCGUUCAAGUACAGCAGGAACUCGAGAGCUCAGUGUGAAGGACAGUCGAUGUGAUAAAUGUAGAACUUGGAAACAUUAAGUGACUCCGUGUGGGGGGGGCUGGGUCAGGGGGUCAAUGUUGUAAAUAAGAAAGUGAUAAAAAAUAAAAACAAAUUGAAUCUUUAUUUACUCAAGUAACUCAAGUAUUACUCAGUAUUACCUACUUAUCUGAGGUACAUGUACUAAAAAACUGCCUGAGUACCUUUACCUCAACCAAGGAGGCUCUGUUCACGUCUGUGUCUGUCUCGUGAAUUUAAAUGUGGAUUCAUGAGGCGACUGUAUGAGAUGUAUGUUCUACCACGUCUCAAGGAAAUAAAAUGUUUCUUACCAACAGAUUUAGUUACUUUGCAAA